AAAAAAAAAAACCAUCUCAACCAAAAGAAAAUAGAAAGAGUUUUCCACACUCCUCUUCGCCGAUCAAAUAAAAAGUUCAUCAGAUUUGAAUCAAUUUUUGUAUUCUUUAAAGUAAAUUAACGUCUUUUAAGCUGUAAUGGAGUCGACGUCAACGACAGCGGGAGGUAGGAGAGGGGGAGAUAGGAAAAAAGCGGUUUCUAAGUCGGCAAAGGCAGGACUCCAGUUUCCAGUGGGUCGGAUUGCCCGUUACCUCAAGAAAGGCCGUUAUGCACAGCGUUAUGGCGGCGGUGCUCCCGUCUAUCUAGCCGCCGUCCUCGAGUACCUUGCUGCUGAGGUGUUGGAAUUGGCGGGGAAUGCGGCACGUGAUAACAAAAAGAAUAGGAUCAACCCACGGCACGUGCUGUUAGCCGUGAGAAACGACGAGGAGUUGGGAAAGCUUCUUCAAGGAGUAACCAUUGCUAGUGGCGGAGUUCUUCCCAACAUUAACGCUGUUUUGUUACCCAAGAAAGCAUCCUCUUCAUCUGAUAAGGACCAGUCUUCUAAGUCUAAAUCUUCUAAUAAGGUUUAGACAUAAUAAAGAUUAUGUAAAUAUAUUUAUUCGACAGUUUUUUUUUUUUUUUAAUUUUCCUUUCAUGUCAUUGUAGGAUUCAAGGAAAUGUUCUUGUUUCCCAUCUUUCAUGUUCUAUUUUUUUGGGUAAAUUACGAAAAUAGUUAUUUUUA